GCACAUUUUGCAGAUCUUAAUUAAUGUUUCUUUAAAAGAUUCAAUCUUUUUUCGUUAUGUAUAAUGUCAAUGUUAUCGAAAGGGGAUUCGAUACAAAUAAGAGACGUGUGGGAUCACAAUCUUGAACAAGAAUUUGCAUUAAUCCGAAAUCUUGUUGAUGAGUUUCCUUACAUUGCUAUGGACACAGAGUUUCCGGGCAUUGUGCUUCGGCCCGUUGGUAAUUUUAAAAACAGUAAUGAAUAUCAUUAUCAAACGUUAAAAGACAAUGUAGAUAUGCUUAAAUUGAUACAAUUAGGCCUAACGUUUUCUGACGAAAAAGGGAAUAUACCCACAUGUGGAAAAGAUGGAAGAUAUUGUGUUUGGCAGUUUAAUUUUCGCGAAUUUGAUGUUAAUAAUGAUGUUUUUGCAAAUGAUUCAGUUGAGCUUUUGAGACAAAGUGGAAUUGAUUUUCAUAAGAAUAACGAAAAGGGUAUUGAUGCAAUGCGUUUUGGAGAGUUGUUAAUGUCUUCUGGGGUUGUUUUGAACGAUGAUGUGUUUUGGGUUACGUUUCAUAGUGGAUAUGAUUUUGGGUACUUGUUAAAGGUCUUGAUAUGUAAGAACAUGCCUGAUACGCAGGCGGGGUUCUUUACUUUGAUUAAUAUGUAUUUUCCCACUGUUUUUGAUAUUAAGCAUUUGAUGAAGUUUUGUAAUAGUCUUCAUGGUGGGUUAAAUAAGUUAGCUGAAUUGUUGGAAGUUGAAAGAAUUGGUGUCUGUCAUCAAGCUGGUUCCGAUAGUUUGCUUACUGCGUGUACCUUCAGGAAGUUGAAGGAAAAUUUCUUUAGUGGUUCACUUGAGAAGUAUGCUGGUGUUUUGUAUGGUUUAGGUGUUGAGAACUGACAACGUUAGUUCGUCGUUGAAUAUAGUAUAGGAAGUAAUAAAUGAUUUCUGAAAUAAAAUAGAAAACAAAAUGUCAGACACCAUAUU